AAUUAUUCUUUUUAGAAUGUGCUGUAUAAAUUUUAAUUGUUGUUGAGUUACACAUUAGUCCCAAUACUCGCGAUAAAUUAUGACUUCUUCUACAGUAUAAAAUGGAAAGGACACUAUAAAUAAUUUUUAAUAAUUUAUGGAUUCUUCUUUUAACAGUUUUCAAUACGCAUCGAAUAGUUUCAAACGUCCUAAUAUACCUUCAGAGAAUAAUGAUAUUUCUGAGGAAUAUUUGGAGAAUAAGCCUAAACGCACUUUCGGUUUCUUCUCAGCCUCAAAGCUUGAUACUAAUAAUCCACAAAACGAUGAUUCAUCUUUUUUAAAAACAUAUAAACCUGACGAAAAUCUUUUAAACAGUCACUGGCUAUUUUCAGAUGAAUCGCCUCUUAAUCAAGUUUCAAACACUAAUUCAAUUACACAUUUAAAUAAUAACACACUGAACAGUUUUAAUCAGACUUCUAUCGCAACAACAAGGGCCACUUCAAUUGAAACACCAACGGGGUUUAAGCUAGCGUCCGGUAAACAGUGUAAUUACUUUAACCCCGAGAAGACUGAGGAGUUUAGGAAGCUUUUAGGUCUUGAUGACGUUGAUGUAACAGUUGAUUCUCUAAAGCCUGCAGUGCCUCGAUUUACAAACGCCAACAAUAUGACUCCGGAGUCGAACCAAAAUUUCAAUGUAAACCCAAAUUUGAAGCCUGAACAGACAUUUAGGCAAAACACUAGCGUUUACGAAGAUUCAAACUCAGAUUCCAACUCCAAUGCGGAAACGAUUUCAGACCUUCCAUCGCAGGAUUCAGGAAAGCUUUCAUACACCGAUGUUUGGAACCUCCACUGCACAUUUACACACUACUAUAGCUCUAAUAUGUCAUUAGAGGUCAUUUCUAAACUGUGGCGUAAGUAUGGAAACCCAUUUCUUGUAAACUAUAGUAAUGCUGAACAGUACAGUUACCUCUUGUUCACUCAUCAAAAUGACCAUGUAACCGUUGGAGGGUUUAAUGAAAUCGUGUCCUGCUUCAAGAAAAUUGUAUCAAAGUCUAAUAUUAACUUACGCCGACAUGUUUAUGACGAUUCUUGGCUCAGGGAUAAAUUUAAGUUACUCACACUCAUUUCGUGUAAAAGAUAUACCAAAAAGAUAUAUAAACUGUGUAAGACGAGAGAUUUGAUGUAUUCGGUGAUGAAUGUUCCACUUCCAAAUCCCAUAAAUUUGAUAAGGAAACUCAUAAGACUUGUUAAAACAGGAAACUCACAUAACGAUUCCAUACUCACAAGGAUUUUUAACCGUGAUUCGACACCCGAUAUUCCAGUGGUAGUGAGAGUGGAGUCAUAUGACGGCAUUGAUGUUUAUUUGUUUGACGGGGCUGAGGUGUACAGGGGAGUGUUAUCGGAUAACCACAUUAAGUCGGCCUUUGAAUCCAAGAAGGUCCGGCCAGGCUCAAAGUUACUCCUCCAGGGCGUAAUUUUCAAUGAAAUUAAAGAUGAAUUUGUGCUUUUACUUAACUUUAACUCCAUUUCAAUAGCUUCUAAACGCUCACUAGGAAUUCAACCCAAACAUACCAACGUCAUCAUCAAAGAUUUGGUGGUUGGAGGAGGAAGAGUAUCAAGAGUUGAGGUUGUGGUAUUGAAAUACCUGCCGUUGGUAUAUAAGAUUUGGUACAAAUGUCCUGAAACUUGCGAGAAAAAGUGUCUUACACUUUCUGAAAAUGAAUACAUUCAAAUUACGCAGAACCCGGAAUCUAAAAUUCUAGGAACAAUUGAGAGUAUAUCAACAGUUUACACAAUGUACGUCGUGGAUGCCUUGGUACUUAAUGAAAACGCUCCCCUUAAUCAACAUAAAUUCCUCCUUAAAUCAUUUCUCACCAUUACUCUAAACAACGUUGAUGAUUCGAUAUCGUAUGUAUUGAGGCCUUUGACGAGAUUUGUAUUGACUAAUACGAUGAUAACCUAUCACACUAAUAUUGACUUUUUCUAUGAUAACCAGCUUGACUUUGAGCCAGUAAAGCUUUCAAGCACACCUCAUAGUAAGCUCGAUGUGUUGGAAAGUAAUGUGAAGUUUCCAGAGAAUUUGGUUGACAGAUGUGAGAUAUUCAGGAGUAUUUUGAAAAAGUGCCCAUCACUCUCAGUGCCAGAGGAUAUAAGCGAGGACGAAUAUUUUGAGAGGAUAAAAAAUAAAAGUGAGAAACCAAGGUUAUUUCUGGGCCAAAUUUGCGAUUUGAACGGAGUAGUAUUACACGUGGAGGAGCUUGAGGAGUCACCAAAGUACUGUUACUUCAGAGUAUACAUGAGUACUACAAUGUUAAAUAUCGUGUGUGUAAAGAUUAGCUAUAAAAACGUAAAUGACCAAAAGAGCAAAUUCUCAAUCACACCUGAUAUUAAGACUUUACAUAAGAGACUUAAUGAAGCUCAUGUCGCAGUCGCUUCAAGUGGAUCUGGCCCAGAUUCACCCACAAAGGGGACAUAUCCGUCAAUUUUUUAUACCUUAUCAAAUUUACAAUAUGUAGGACUGGAUGAGCAGUAUUCGAUAUACAAUUUUCAGAUGAAUUCUGACCAGAUAUCUUUGAAGGAGUGUUUUGUUUUAAAAAAACUUCAAGAAUGUUUAAUUAAUAGCGGAAUGAUAUGUUUAAAAUCAGGGUUCCAGAUUUUGCUGUCCGGAUAUCAGUCGUUAGGAGACACACAUGUGGAAAACGCUUGUAAAAUAUUUGUAAAAGGAACAUUAUUUAACAUUGUCGAGGUUUACAGACUUGUACAACUUGAAUGUGUGUAUGUUCAAGAGUUUCUUGACAUAAUCAAGUGCUAGCAGCGUGAAUCUACCGCUUCCCCAUA